UCUGUUGCAUUUGGGGAGGAUGGAGGACGACGAGGGUUACACUGUAUUGAACCUCCGACCAACGAAGGGAAACUCAGCCAGUCCGUCUCCAGAUGGGAGCCAAGAGGUUCCUCCGAGUCCCCGUUGUUACGGAAUCGCUCUAGCAGCUUUGGGGGCCUGGUGUAUCAUUCUGACGUUAGCAGGGAUUGCACUAGGCACCUGGGUUUUCCAGGGUCAUGAAGGCUGUCUUGGAGCAGCAGGGAACGCAUCCCUUGAGGAGCUGGUGUCUCACUUGAGGCAGCGUCUGUGUGAGUCAGCACCCGGCAGCGCUGCAGAUGGUUCCGGGUGCAAAGUCUGCCCCCGGGACUGGCUGCCCCACAAGGACAAAUGCUAUUGGGUCUCUAAAGAGAGUAAGUUCUGGAGCGAGAGCUUUAAAGACUGUGAAAUGAGGACGUCUCAGAUGCUGGUGAUCCAGGACAGGGAGGAGAUGGAGUUCAUACAGAACAUUACUCAAGGGACAAACCUUGUUUGGAUUGGACUCACCAUUAAAUCGCCAGAGAAGAAAUGGACCUGGGUGAACACUGCCCCAUUAGAUCAAAGUCUGUGAGUGUUUCUAAGUGGUUACUGGUUUACAUGAG